UAUAUGCCACUUCACCCCGACUGCCCACUGCCUGACCAGUCGCUCUCUCUAUUUCCGCCGGAGAAAUGUCCGGCGUGGUGGUCCUCGACAACGGCGGCGGCCUCAUAAAGGCCGGCCGCGGCGGCGAUCUCGACCCCACCACCGUCCUCCCCAACUGCCUCCUCCGCCCCCUCUCCUCCAAGAAGUUCCUCCACCCCGACCCCCUCCCCCACUCCUCCUCCUCCUCCGCCGCCGCCGCCACCGCCGCCGCCGCGGCCGCCGCCCUCGACCUCACCUCCGCCGCCGUCCGCCGGCCCAUCGACCGCGGCUACCUCAUAAACGCCGACCUGCAGCGCGACAUCUGGGCCCACCUCUUCGCCAGCCACCUCCGCGUCAGCACCGCCUCCGCCUCCCUCCUCCUCACCGAGCCGCCCUUCACCCUCCCUUCCAUCCAGCGCGCCACCGACGAGCUCGUCUUCGAGGACUUCAACUUCAAGUCCCUCUACGUCGCCGACUCUGCUUCGCUCGUUCACCUGUACGAGGCCAGCACGAGCCCACAAGGGUUGGUCUCCAAGGCACAGUGCAGUCUUGUUGUGGAUUGCGGGUUCUCUUUUACACACGCGACGCCUGUUUUUCAAAAUUUUACUUUGAAUUAUGGGGUGAAGAGGAUCGAUCUGGGCGGGAAGGCUUUGACGAAUUAUUUGAAGGAGCUGGUGUCGUAUAGAUCGAUUAAUGUUAUGGAUGAGAGCUUCUUGAUGGAUGAUGUUAAGGAGAAGCUAUGCUUUGUUUCCCUUGAUGUUGACCGUGAUUUGCAGCUUGCAAGGAAGCCUGGACAUGAUAAUGUCUUUAGAUGCACAUAUGUUCUUCCUGACGGAGUCACACAUACAAAGGGCUUUGUCAAAGACCCAGAAGCAGCACGACGACACCUCAAUUCGACCGAUGAGUCUCAUCUUACAUCAGGUGGAACGAUUAUUGAUGUUGAGAGGCCAGAAUCUGCAGAGGACAGAAAGAGAAUUGACUUAACCAAAAAUGAGUUCGACCUGACGAAUGAGCGAUUCCUUGUCCCAGAGAUGAUUUUUCGACCUGCAGAUUUGGGAAUGAAUCAGGCUGGACUGGCAGAGUGCAUUGUUCGAGCUAUCAGUUCCUGCCAUCCGCAUCUUCAUCCCGUUCUUUAUGAAAGCAUCAUAUUGACUGGUGGAAGCACACUUUUUCCUCGAUUUGCUGCGAGACUAGAAAAAGAACUCCGGCCUCUUGUCCCUGAUUACUACAAAGUGAAGAUAACCACUCAACAAGAUCCUCUACUAGGUGUGUGGCGAGGAGGAUCACUUUUGGCAUCCAGCCCCGAUUUCGAAGCAAUGUGCGUCACAAAAGCUGAGUAUGAAGAGCUGGGAUCUGCUCGAUGCCGCCGGAGAUUCCUUCGUUGAGUUGAAUUCAAACGUUUCGGCAUGCUUGAUUACUCUGAGUAACCCAUUCCCAUAUGGUCCCUUCUCUGAGAAGACAUUGAAGGUUGGAAUCUAGAAAGUCGCAGAGUCAAAACAAGAAUGUUUUGAGAUACUUGAGGAAUGGGCAUGGAGGGCAUGGACUGCAGAGGAUACAUCUUAAGUGGUUGAAUCUGUUUUCAGGUGAAUUAUUAGACAAGGUGGUUGAGGAUCUUUAUGGGUGCUUACUACUGAUCGGAGCAGUUUUCUCAUGAUGUUGCUGAGCUAGCCCAUAAUUUCCGGCAUCCUACAUCCAGCAUAUCUGUGGAAUGGUGAAGGUGUUCAAAUCAAGCUGACCGCCAGAAAAGAGGGACUUUGGAUUCUGCAACUACCAGUGGAGCAAUAUUUCAACUGGGUAGUUCCAUGGCGAGACCUCGUGGCACUGUCAGCGGUCGAUGGAGAUAUAUAAACUGCCUGCUCAUUUCUCUGCUGCUGUAGCUUCUAUGUUUAGCGUCCUGCGGAGAUGAUGGUACUGAAAUCGGUGAAGAUUGCUCAUUAAUUUCCGCCCGGUCGGCACUGAGCUUUGAGCCAAACUUUCUGACCUUCAUGCAGAUCUGCUGGCUUCCUGAACCGUGCAAUUUAUGACCAUCAUCAUUUGUUUGGGUGACUUUGGUUGUCCCAAAUUUUCUAAGAGGCUUAAUUUAUUCUCUUUAAUUUUAAGCAUUUUAUGUUUUGGAUUAGCGAA